GGAUGAGAUGGCUGGUGGCUUAAAAAUACGUAGAGUAUCAGCGCAGACUACUAACGCAUGUUUGCCAUUGUCGGUUAACAAUGUUGAUAUGGUUUCAAUUGGAAACGGCAAUGUCACCGUGCCUGCCAGACUAAUGGCAGAAAUCGAUUGGACUUCCCACACCUCAGCGACGAGACGAUUGUUCCAAUCCGUCUUUCCUAGAAGAAUUCUAGCCACUCAUUCCUUAACUGGAAAGCAGUCACCAGCGUUUGCGAAUAAACCACCGAAAAAGCAAUUGGACCCCAAAUUAGUAGACGAUAUUGUCAACACCGUCGCUGAAAGGUGCAAUGUUCCUAAAAGGAUUGUUAGGAGUUCAAUUACGACGAAAUGUUCGGACGAAGCAAAGUUAUAUAGAAAUCGUCAACGGUACAGAAAAAAGCGCGAACAACAAAACCGAGAGAACGUCCCGCCAUCUUCUGCGACAUCGGGCGAAUCCACCACUGUUUGAGAUUAAGGAGACAAA